CACCUACAUCUUCCCCCUUCAGACCCGAAUACUGACCAUUAUGCACCGACAGUUCCAGAAGCUGCACGCUCGAGCCGGCACAUAUGCAGGCAUCGGCAUCGAUUAGUUCGAAUUUCGGGGUUCAGAGUCUCUUCCUUCGGUUGCUGCACCUGCACUCUAACGUCGCCAUCGUUAAAUGCACUUCGAGCUGGCUUGCUGGCGUUCCUUUCGCUCGUCCAUAACCCAACUUUACGCCGAACACGAUGGGGUGUUUUCGUUUUCCACGGAUACUUCGCUGAGAUUGCACGGCCACAAAUGGAUUCCGAUUACCACUGGUUGAUAACAAUCGGUCUUGUGACGUCAUCAGUGAUAGCAGUCACAGCCAACUUCUUCCUGUUAUUCGUCUUUUGCAGGCGAAGAGGGCUUAGGACAGUCCCUAAUAGGUUUAUCAUUAACCUUUUGGUGACCAAUCUCCUAUCGAGCAUCCUCCUCAUACCGCUGCUGCUCAUCGACCACGAAAGCUACUCGUCGAUCCGCAUCCGAUCGGCCGCCAACGAAUCGCUCCCCGCCGUCGACGUCGACAUCGUCAUCGACGCCGAUCCGUCGUCGAAUUCCAUCGAAAUCAUCGAAUGGGCGGCGCGCGCCAACGGCACCGACCUGGCGCUCUGCUACCUCGCCCAGAGCACCACCAGCUUCAUAUGCACCGCCUCCAUCUUCAGCAUCCUGCUGAUCGGCGUCAACCAGUACUUCGGCGUCAUCCACUCGCUGCGCUACCACUUCUACAUCAACCGGUGCCGGUCGAGCGCCUUCAUCGGCGCCAGCUGGUCGGUGGCGCUCGGCGGCGCCGUCCUCAGCUCGCUCACCUACAGCGACAGCAGCGUGUGGCACUUCUGCGAGCACCGGCCGCCGCCCAGCGAGAGCGUGCGCGUCCUCAACACGCUCUACGCCUUCGGCUACUUCUUCCUGGUGAUCCUGGCGCCGUUCGUCGCCAUUUGCGUCAUCUACGUGUGCAUCUACACGGCGGCGCACCAGAACAGCGAGCGCAUGCGCCGCUCCGCCUCGGCGCCGUUGAAUCCUAACGUGGAGGCGGGCGCGCCGGCGGCGAUGCCGACGCCGGAGAAGCGGAAGGAGGUGCUGCCGAAGGUGCAUUCGGCGCCCGAGUUCUCCGUGCUGAAGCAGGAGAAGGCCUUUACGGUGGGAGACGACGAGAGGAAGGUGAGCAGGACGCCGAGCGACAGGAGCUCGAGCAGCUUCAUCAGCAACUUGAAGCACAAGAUCUCCAACGCUUCGGUGUUCAAGUACCGCGAGGAGACGAGGGCGGCGAAGAUCAGCGUGAUCGUGAUAUUUCUAGUGUUGAUUUGCUACUUGCCCUACGGCAUUACGUUGGUGUUGUGCAGUAAAUGCAUAGAGGUGAAAACUAGCCAGAUAUUCAACUACCUAUCGCUGAUACUGCUAGUUCUAUCGAACAUUAUAUCGCCGUUUCUGUUCGGGUACAGGAACAAGCGGGUGAAGCGGGAGAUUUGUAAAAUGUUUAAUCUUGCGAAUCACUCGCAGAAUUUAGAUGUUGUGGAUAAGCCGCGGAGGCAUUCGGCUGUUAAAAACGCGAGUUUCGACUGCUUGGAGCCGAAUCUGGAGAGCAAUUUGCCAGCUCGAGUCAUUCCGGAGGUGGUCGUGACGUGUAAAAACGAGACCGAAAGGAAGAGCAUCUUGAAGAGAGUGUACAACUCUUCGAAUUGGGCCAGCUACAAGAAAUGUAAUUUUAUUACAGUGCCGGAUAGCUGUUUGAGCGGCGAUGCUAGGGGGUCUUUUUCCAGCGCUAGUACUCAGAUGUCCACGGAGGAUUAA